GCGGAUUCUUUAUAGCUGUUUUUGAAAAAACAGGGCCAAUAACUGAUGUGACAACGAAGAGUGAUGAUAAAUAUAUAGAGAAUGAAGAGGAAACUCUAUCUCUUUCGAGGGAGCCAUCCGCUCCAGAGGAUAUGUCAGCUGCUCCAGAAGAAAUCGAAAACGAUGAUUAUGAAGCUUUUGAAAUUGGAGAAAGUGACUUAAUUAGUUCAACCGAUAUAACUGACUCGAAUGAUCCAGCCGAUAUAACUGACUCGAAUGAUCCAGCCGAGAUACCUGAUGUGGAAGGCGAGGCACUACCACAGAAACGGGUUAAUGCUGAUAGUAGCGACGUUCACAAUAAACGACUAAAGGUCGAUACUAUUCUGACGUCCAGGCAAUCUGAAAAAUCAACAAGUCAAAAUGAUGGCAAGGGACAAAAGAGAGGGAAAUCUGGCAUCUCAUAUGAAGAACAGUUUAUCUUUCUUGAGUCUGACAACGAAGAUCUUUCCGUUAUUAAAUCGUUGCUGACGUCCCCUGACGCGUCUCGAUUGCGAGUAAUCAACACCGGUCUACGUGUAUUUACAAAGCAAGAUGUUCCGGAAGAGGUUAAAUGUAGUUAUAGAUUGCAUUCUGAAGGAGUAGCAGUGAUUGCUCCCUGGAUGGAAGGAGAAAAAAGGGUUGUAAGAGGAGAAAUGGAAGACUUGGUUGUAUUGUUAAGUGAACAGACACCCCGUUUUGAAAAGUUUAGAGACGAGAUGAAAGAAAAGCUUUUGGCUAUAGCUCCGUUACAAGCAUCGACUUCAACCGUUCCUUUACCUCCGAUUAUUCUUCCAAUAUGGCGCGGUAGAUCCUCAUUGAAUUUGUUGUACAAGAAGGAAGAAAGACAUGCACUGGAACUUAGAAUUCAAAAUUAUAUGGGAAAACCAAUUGGAAGUAAGGAUAAAAAAAAGGUCCAUGAUCAAAAUUCAUCGACAGAAUGCAAAGAACUAGAGCGUAACAAUACUGCUGACGAGCAAGUGAAAAAAGACAUUGUUGAACCAUGA